UUUCCUUCAAAAAUAUUUCUACUUCAAUUUCGUAAAUUUCUCAUAUUCAGAUAUGAAUGCUUCAAAAUCUUAAGUUUUAUUUUAUACUCUGAAAAUUUGUUGUGCAAAAGAAAUAGAGAACUCGCUGAUAAAAUGAACAAGCAGACCAAAGAAUGGUCUCGAGCUCGACUUUGUAAGCCCAAAGACAAUCUUACAACCGAGGCGGGAAAGCGGGAACGCUUUGUGCCAUCUUGCGAACUUGAGGUGAUUAUAAAGGAAAGUUGCUGGCUAGUCAAGUGCACCCCAAUAUCGAUGGCGCGUCUAAUUGGCUGGGAAUACGCGCGGAUUUGGCUGCGCGAUCGCGACAAAUUUAUCCAGCAGCGUGAACGCGCUGUCAAAGCCAAAUAUAUCAAGAACGACUUUGAGUGGUGGUUGAAGCUGCGCAAGACACCCAAAAAGUUCUGCAAAGUAGGGGCAUAAAUUAAAAAAAGUAUUAGAGAAAUUAAAUCUGACACGGACACGGACAAAGAAAUAGUUAAACUUAAUAAAGAAUAUUCAAAUUAUU